AUGGAGUUGAGAAUCUUCCUCUUCGUUUCCAUUUGCUUUCUUACACCAACCAAAAUAUCUGCGACAAGUGUUCCAAAGAAUUCCUCAUACAGUGAUGCUGAAAUCUUGGUCAAUCUACUUGUUGCCCCGAGAGUCACAAACGCAACUGAACAGGUCUGUGCUUAGCUUGUUAGCAGAAAAGAAACAUUACGGAAUCGCGCCUAUGUCGCCUAUGUCGUUCACUCCCUAUGUCGAAAAAGACCCAACCUUAGCACUUCUGGGACCAUAUGAAAAUCAAGACAAACACACUUUGAAAGGAAGCGGAAUAACCUUUUAAGUUUCUUUUCUUGCAGAUGAAGCUCCUUUACCCCUUCAUUACUUCAUCAGGCUAUCUUCGGGAGCCACCCAUAACUCUUGGGCUUGAUCUUAACCCGGAUUGUAACAACAAAAAGGUAAUUAGUAUACGAUUAUCUUUUUUCUUAUAAAGUGAAAACAUCUCAUUACUACACAAUCUGAGUUUCGUGUCAUCACAUUAUGUACCAAUAAUUACGGCCUUUUUAAGCAACCCCAAAGCAAGACUAUUCAACAGAAAAAGAGAGCUGGGGAAUAAAAUGAUAUAUUUAGAUGGAAUGGCGGUCCAAUGAUUUCUUAACCGUUCAACGCGUAACAACAAACUGAAAAGAGGUAAUGCAUUUUCUUUUUAGGAAGGAGAAACGAAACGUUUAACGAAACUAACCGAAAAUCCUGGCCAAUUACCAUGCCAUGCAGUUUGGUCCUACCAGAAAUUCGAAAUCUUGAUAGGUGAAAAAGGUUCCCUGCAAGCUCUUUUUGAAGUGAAAUUACCUAAGUUGUUUAAAUUCAUCAUAUUUUAUAACCUACCAGCUGAGAAACUACAGUCAUGCCUUUCGAUCUUAUAAGUGAAAAAAAAUUUUGUGCCGCGUUUUUUAAUACUUCCUCGUGAAACUGAUACUUCUGGAAAGACUAAUGCAAAGUUGGUUGAAUGCAAAAAACAAUAUAUCUCGCCACAAAAAAUGAUCAACAAAGAUGCUUUGAAAAAACAAGUUAAGGUGGAAAGGAGGGAGAUGAACCGGCAGAAACUCGACAGCCAUUUCAAUAAUAUCUUUAUUUUUCCCCAGCUUUGUGAGACCAAAACAACACCAUCUAGUGGUUCAUAAAAUAAGAGACCAAUCUCGUAUCACUCCGUCCAAAGAUGGCUUAAAACUAAUAGAAGCAUGAAACGUACGUGAUAUGAGGAGGAGUCUCGAUUGUAAAUGAUGGUGAAGUUAUUAGUGAAACUAUACACUUGAGAGUUACCAAAAAAAUGUAUGAGAACAAUUACUUGCAGCAUUAAAUGUCAUUUUUAAAUAAACAUGUCUGAAUUAGUUAGAUAUAGUGGGUAAAACUUCGAAUAGAAGAGCUUAAUUCCACCCUUUUGAUCUAGAUCCAUAUUUCUGUCACCAAGUGAUUCUAAGUUAAGAUAUCACAUGCAGUUGUAGUCAUAGCAUUUCAAGAAAAUAAACAACGAAUUAGAAAUGUUUGCCAAUCCGAUGCAAAACACAUUAAACACCCAAAGACGAUAUAAUGCGAAGGAUUUAUGGAAUGAACCGCGUUCAAAUUACCAACCACAGAGGUAUUUUAAAUAAUUACUCCAACUGAACGUGACUUAAUGACUGAUCCCACAGAAAAUCAAUUGAUUAUGAGCAUUAAAUUGGUGAGCAUCUCAUUUUCAGCAGUGAGAUGCUCGAGAAACAUUAUGAACUGAUUUCCCAAGGGACUAAACAGUCAGUAAGUGAUCUGUUAUUUGCGCAACAAAGACAUUCUUGGAUCCAACAUGCCCUAUUACCCUCUGACGUCAUAGAUUUUGUAAUUUUGCCCGCUCGUAGAAUCCUGAUGGAAAACAGUUUCUCUUUGAGACGUCAUGUGACCUUGAGGCUGCCGUUGUUAGGGGAAAUUCUAGUUAUUAAUAGCAAACAAAUUUGAGACAUUAAAACUGUGCAUUUUGCAGACAGCGAAUGAGAAACUGGAGACGCUGUACUCACAGAUGGCUGUAUUUAAAAAACCAGCUUACUUUGCAUUCAGUUUUGAAGAUGGCCGCGGACCCUUGCACAAUUCUUUGGCGAACGUGCUUGAAAUGACAAGUUACUUUGUGAAUGACACCGUGUCCUAUGUUACACGUCAGGUAAGUUUAUUUCUUUAAGUGUACUACUAAACUUAUAGGUCACGAGCUCGUUAAUUGAUGCUGAUUAAAAAACUGUCGCUCAAUUAAAUGAAUUCGAAUUCGAGUGCAUAAAAAACUGCUAUAAUAAAUUCCAUUGUUUUUAAGAUUUUUCUUACAUAGACAAGACAUUUUUAAAGCAUCAUUGAGAGUUUUACAAAGAGUAACAGAAACCUUUAUUAAGGGCACUUUAGAGAUUUCCUUGGAACGAACACUGUAGCCAAAACGGCCAAAAAAGUAAUAAUGGACGCCUUUAAUUUGGAAAUGUAGGGCUUUAAAGAGCCACUAAAAAAACUUAAACAAUAUAUUAGCACAAAAAGGCUUAAGGUAAAUACGUAACUCACUUGACUUUCCAUCUCAUUGAACUCUUAGAGUUGUUAGGCUGUUCAUGUCAAUCAAGCUUAAUUAACUCCCCUACCGUAGUCCCCUCUAGACUCGUAGCAAUCCACGUGACACCGUGUCAAUGGCAUUCAAUCUAUCUUUGCAAUGUCUAAUUUUUUAAACAAACGGUUGAAUGGCUCCAAAGGUGAAGCAUAAACAUAAGCAGAAGCUUUUAUAACAAGCAAACUGAAAAAGAAAAGCACUAAAUUCAACACAUUUAUUUAUUCUAAAUUCUCACUUGCAAACAGGCGCAUUAUAACCUUAAAAAUUUGACAUCAUAAAAAAUCAAUCUUCGAAAAAAACAAUCCAUCUUUCAAGUAGUUUGAACGGUCAAGAAUUAAACGUGGGACGACUCUCACCAGUUGUAUAACUUGGAUGCAGAAGCAGAAUAAUGGAUUUAGGGGAGGAAAGCUUUUGGUGAUGGGCGCUCCAGUCAGACUUUUUAUUCGUCCACCAAAGAAAGGUCAAUACGAGAGGCUGAAGAAACGAAAGAGCAUAAACUUGGUGGGUUUGGUGUUGUCUCAGCUGCUAAGUUUAUACCGAAUGUCAUUAUAUUUUGCCAAGGACACAGGGGAAUUACCAGAAAAUGUUUCUUGGGGGGAGGGAAUCAUUGGCACAACAGCUAAGCAGUUGGUUCAAAUUUUAUUUGCAAAUGUUACGACGUGCCCUGGCGGUUGUGUCAACCCCAGUAUGCAACUUGUUGUCUUUGCAGUCUCUUGAGAUGGUGUGUAGACUUGAGCUUCAAUGAAGUUAGUACUUCCGAAGAUUUGUCUGGCCAAGUCCAAAUGAUUAGGAGACUUUAGUCAUACUUGAAAACUCUAAGGAUGGAUUAGGUGCAGACCUCAUAGACUGAUACCUGUGGUAGGCAAUGAAAUCUUUUCUGAUAUGGGAAGCAAGACCAGGGCACGAUCAGAUAAUCUGACCAAGCCUUCAUCUAUACAUUUAGGUCCCUGAGCCGCCAUGUACAAGUACGUCAUGCUUUGCUCACCUACGAAAGCCAACUCAAAGGCCCAAAAGAAAGCGAUUUAUAGUACUCAAGGUUUCUGUAUUGUUCUUGGUUUAUGGGGACGGGAGAUUGGCCCAACCAAUCCCCAACUUGGAGUACCAGGGACUGCUCAUCUAAACGUUGAACAAUAGGCUGAUUUAGCAACAGAACGGGAGUGUCACUUGACGACGGCGCGCGCAAAUCAAACAAAUGGCUUGACCAAUAGCAGAGAGGCAAAUUUGGCACCAGAAGUCGUGUGUAGUCCUUUCCGCGCGCUUUCCAGUCGUCAACUGACGUUCCCGUUCUGUUGCUAAAUCAGCCUAAUAUGACAUGGUUUGGUCCAAGGACCGGACUGACAGUAGCCAAAGCCCUUAGCCCCUUUGAAAAACGCAAGACUCGGCAAAAUGACGAAGUGCAAGCUCAAGGUGAAGAAAGAACGCAAUAGGGCGACCAAAACUUUUACAUCAUACUUGCGAUGGAUGUUGCACUUCGUAGCGGGCUAACCGAGCUAGCUGACGGCAAAGUGGUGAGGCUGCCAUGUGGCAUUCAAUCAGACAAGUGAAGGUGAAAGAGAUCUGCUUUCUUUCCCCCUGACAGUCGCCAAAGCCCUCAGACACUUUGAAAAAGCAAGACUCAGCAACAUGACGAGGGGCAAGCUCAAGGUGAAGAAAGAGAGCAGUAAGUCGACCAAAACUAUUACAUCGUACUUGUGAUGGAUGUUGCACGCCGCAGCAGGCCAAUCAAGCUGGCUGGCGGCAGAGUGGUGAGGCUGCCAUACGCCAUUCAAUCAGACAAGUGAAGGUGAAAGAGAUCUGCUUUCUUUCCCCCUGGCUGUAAUCCUACUACCACGUAACAGUCACAAAAUUUAUCCGCAACAUGGAGAACUCCUCAUCACUGAUUCUUUUGGCAAGUGUUAUGCCCUAUGUGAGCACGUCAAAUUAUCCUUAAAAUUCUUCUCAAACAUUUAAACUGAAAGGCAUGCAGGUUUUUCCGUCGAAACCUCAUCAUAUUUCACUGUUCACAUUAACACAGAAGUAUUGUCCGAACCAGCUAGUCAGAUUGUUUUUGGUUUCCACUGAAAAAUCCCUCUUCCUUCCAGACCGUCAACAGGCUUUGAAUAGUUCUUCUAUCUUUCCUUAUGUCAAGCUCUUUAUGCUUUGUGUAUCUACUUUCCUUGCUGCGAUCUCGUACCAUUUAUUGUAAAGAGGCCGGCUUUACUCCUCGAGUUUAUUUUUGGUAGUUUAAACAAAGGCUUAUUCCGACUCUUUGUAGUCUACUUUGUCCUGCAAAUCUUUGAGCCUGUUCUGGCCUAAAAAAUGUACUGUCUCUGUUUGUCUUUCCAUUCCACCCUUUGUAUAGAUCUAGCUUUAGUUGAAUCUUGUUCCAAUUCGUUUUGCUCAGAAGUUGCAACUCACGAGUUUGUGGUCACUCGAAAGGUAGAUGUUCAAUUUGGUUUGGUUCAUCCAAUUCAGAAGUGUAUAUUAUCACAUAUCUUACAUAUCUAACAUAAUCGGCAGAACCUCUCUCCACUCCCAAUCCCUGUUUUUCCGUUACUUGUUUUAUAACAUGAGAGCUACCUCUCCUUAGUGACGUCCUCCUUUCUUUCAUUUAGCUCUGUCUCAACCGUUUUGAACAAAGCUUUCCUUGUCCCUAUCCAUGUGCAUUAGUUACUCACACCAAGUUUGUCGACUAUGUGCUUUCUCAUUUCUCUUGCUACUUCUUAGGCUGGGAAGAUCUCUUAUAUUUUUCCGUAAAUGCCAACUACUAGCAUGGUAUAGGGACACUUAAUUGCACUGCGCGCUUCCCACAGGCUUUCGCCCUCUACGUCAAAACCAUUUCAGUUUCUUGUGUGGCUCUCGUCACAUCCGAGCAAUUGUUAAUUAGAUCGUCAAGUCUAUUCUCCAUAUCCGUGUCCAUAAGGUUCCUGUUUUCGAAAUGUCAAUUGAUUAUUGUCCAUCAGCCAAGCCUGAAUUCGAAAGAUAGGUUGGCUCACUUUUCAUGUUUUUUUUAUACCCGGAGAUGGUUGCCUUCCAGGGCUAACGAGUAUGUCAUCCAUUCGGGUUUGGGAUCAGAGAUUCCUACUCCUUGAUAGGCCGCAAAUCUGGGGCUUUAGCCCUAUUUGACCAAAGCAAGUUGGUUUGAGGACACCAACGACUGGUCCUUGCCUCCCCCCCCACGAAACUGUAAUAGCAGCCUCACGACAUGGUAAGAUCUUAUCUUGGUUUGGUACUUGAGAGUGGUCGGGGCCCCAGAAGAGGAGAGCAACAGCAACAGCUACAAGAAAUUUUUCCAUACUACACAGAUUCCAAAAGAUGACUCGCGUUUUCUUGCCUAUUGUUGAAAACAUUACGACAACCUAACCUUUCUUGGACGCUCCAGUUACUACGGGCGUCGCAUCCGCUGCACACUGUCCGAUGUUAUUAGCCACAAAGCUAUUUGCGUCUUUACAAUAUUUACGGACGAAUGCGCUUGUGCUUUAAUAAAAUUCUCCCACACAACCAAACAAAGGCAAGGUCAUUGCGUUGACAGCAACAACGGCGGUGAAAACAUAAAAUAACCAAACAAUGUUGGUGCAACACUUCUCGGGAUUAAACGAAGUGAAAUCUUCUCAUCCUCCUUAUAAUAGUAAAUAACAAUAAUAACUUUAUUUAUAUUAUAGCGCUUAUAUCCAGAGCUUGUGGCAUAUCAUCGUAGCCGAAACGCAUGCGUCUUAGAAUCUUAUAGAAGAGAAUAUGAAAUGACCAUUGUGUUGUUUUAAUUCAGGAGGUUCAGUUCUGGUAAUGUGGUCUGUCGGAGGUUAAAAUGCUUCACAUCUUUACUUGCAGAUGGCAUUAAAGAACCUUUCUGUUCCUGCACUUCCCAAAAUACCUGAGGCAAAGUUGGAUGAAAGGACCCGUCUCUAUCUGAGCGCCCUGGUGCAAAGCAAUUCUGUGGUAAGUCAAUUAUACUCGCAGAAAUCGUUAUACUCUGAUUAGCUCGACGGUGUUGAGUUAUUUUGUUUCCAUUGGGGGCCGUUCAUUUUUAAUGGGAGAGGGGAGCUGGUGGGAUUCGACGGAUAGCUCCUGUAGUAUAUGAUGACCCCCCUCUUCAAAAGUACUGUUUUGCCCCCCCCCACCCCGCCCUGUAUCCCAAAUUAAUUGAGAAACCACCCCCCCCCCCCAAAAAAAGGCGAAAGGAAAAUGAAAAAUGACUAACUGAGUUUGUUAUUUUUUUCCCUAAUGAAACGUUCGAUUUGGUAUGCUUGAAUGCUUUUUUGCGUUUUAGAGGGAUAGAAUUGUCUUUUGGUGCAUAAUAAAGUAGGGGGGUCCUGGGACUUUCUUUCCCGAUAAAAUUGAACUUUCCGAAUGUCAGAGACGCUGGUUUUUGUGACCCCCCCCCCCCUCCCUCCCUUUAAACACACUAUUUGUUUAAAGCCAUAUUUUGUUCAUGGCCCCCCUCAAACCCCACCAGCCCCAAACCCUCCUACCUCCCCCCUCUCCCCUUACCUGAUAAAAAAAUGAACGGUCCCUUAGUUGCAUACAUACAAACAUGUUUUUUUUAUUUGGAGCCUUAUAGAAUAAUCAACUAUUUUCAAAUAACUAAAAUUACAAACAACAAAAAUUUCUAACCAUAUAUGGCUAAUAAGUUUUAAUUAAAGAAGUCCUAGAGUAUUUACUUUUUGCCGUCUUCCCCUUUUUUGCAUACACAUACAGAAAGCAAUUAGGUCGACCGCAGCGGCGAUGGUGAUAUGCGCAGGAAUGCACAAAGCACCAUUAAACACCUUUAACAUCUGCUAAUAAUUUGCGAGAAAACUAAACCGCAAGCGCCAACAGUCGAUGGUUUGCGGUUUUGUGGCUUGCCCAUUUGUAAUGAUCUUCGUUGUAAUUGUGGUAUAUCCGGGAUCCUAGGUUCGUUGCGCAUGCGUAGUAGAACGCCAGAGGUUUUUCUGUUCUGUUUUGUUCGGUUCUGUGAGCUGUCUCUGUACCACAGCUUUCUUGCUAAUACAAUGUACAUGAUUGACCAGUAAUAACAUUUUGGCGACGAGGAUGGGAUCCUUACGAAUUCCUUGUGAUACGUGACUAUCCUUAUUCUUCACUGCAUAACCAGUUAUCUGUGUUCGGUUCUUCAAUUCGUUCGGACACGUGUUUGCUUGCGCAGUUGUGGUUUCUAUCAUGGCUUCGCCCACGUUGCCUGGCUCCGUUGGGGAGUUCUAUCCGUCUACUGAUACGUUCACCGCUUAUUUUGAAAGACUGGAACAAUUCUUAGAUGGCUAAUAGUAUUGUCCAUUGUCCUGCUGAUGCUACCGUGGCUUUUUUCAAGCGGCCAACGAGAAAAAAGUCGCUGUAAUGAUUUAGGUAAUCGGUAAGAACACAUAUGGAACUCUUCGUGAUUUAUGCGGCACUGAUGUAGUCCAGAGAAACCGAAAGAUAAAACGUUUAAGGCGUUUUGUGAUUUACUGCAGCGACAUUUAAACAUUUAUGUGGUUUACGACGUUAACACUAUGUUCAGAUCUGAAAUUUCUGUGCAGCUAAAGAUUGAAAACACUAAUUGUUGUAUGCAGUUAGAAACUGGUUGUGCUCUGUCUCUUGCCCCAAUCAGCUUCAUUAAAGAAGUUUGUCCUGAUGUCAAAAUUGAUCCAACAAAUGUUAUUCUGUCAACCUACGCUGGUGAAAUUGUGCAUCCUUUAGGAGAGGCUUGUGUGAACGUUGAGUACUCGGGAUCACAGCGUUCACUACCCUUACUUUUUGUGAAAGAAGGAUCAUGUGCAUUGUUUGGACGAAAUUGGCUUAUGCAUAUCAACUUGGAUUGGCAAAACCCGCCAAGUUUGAAUCAUGUUGGAACUUUGCCAUCUGAGUUUUCUACAAUUCCAGCUACCUCUGGAGAUCAGACAUUGGAUUCCGUCCUUGAGCAGUAUAGUGAAUUGUUUCAACCUGAACUGGGGUGUUAUACUGGUAAGUCUUUUCUGUUAAAAGAAAGUCAAGGGACCAAAUUUCACACAGCAAGACCAAUUCCUUAUGCUUUGCAAUCAAAAGUGGAGAGUACCUUGUUAAAAAUGGAAAGAGAUGGUGUGAUUGAAAGAGUUACUUCUGCUGUUAGUGCUGCCCCCAAUGUAGUAGUUGGCAAGAAAGACAGUGAUGAAGUACGUGUACGCGGAGAUUUUAGUGCAACAUACAAUGCAUGUGCUAAUGAUGAGACCUACCCUAUGCCCGAGAUUGAGGAAGUGCAUUCAGCCUUGAGGGGAUGUACCGUGUUUAAUGUCCUACACAUUAAGCAAGCCUAUCAUCAAAUACCAAUUGCAGAAGAAUCCCAGCCCUAUCUGAUAAUUAAUACUUACAUUGAUUUGUUUGCUUUUAAAAGGCUACGACACGUAAUUCACUCUGGUCCAGCUAUUUUUCACAGAAUCAUGGCCAGUUUGCUUUCUGACAUUCCAAAAGCUGUAGGUCGUUUGGAUGAUAUCCUUGUGGCUAAACCCAGAGGAUCACCUUCGCACCCUCUCUCUUGUGCUGGAACGUCUUCGUUUUGCAGGUUUCAAAAUGAACAAGACAAAAUGAAAAUUCCUUCAGCAAUCAGUAGUUUACCUAGGUCAGAAGCUCAAUGAAGAGGGUUUACAGCCUACCGACGAUAAACUUGCAGCCAUCCGUGAUGCUCCACGGGCUAAGCAUGUUACCACAUUUAAGUCUUUUCUGGGACUUAUAAUGUACGUUCUAUUCACGGUUCAUGCCACAUCAUUCCACUGUACUGUCACCUCUUCACAGUCUGCUCAAGAAAUAUAUCCCCUGGAUGUGGUCCAAAAUUGAAGAAGAUGCAUUGUUACUGGAUUCUCAGACAUUAGUAUACUAUGAUCACACGCUGUCCCUGUUCGUGAUGCUUCAUCUUACGGUGGAGGAGCUGUUCUAUCUCACAAGACUGGUGGGCAAUUUCGACCCGUUGCCUUUGCUUCUGCUACUUUGACAAGUGCCCAACAAAAAUAGUCAUAGUUAGAAAAGGAGGCUCUGAGUAUCAUUUUUGGAUUAAAACGAUUCUGCCAGUAUUUGCCUGACAAUUUUAACAGCUCAUCGAACACUGCUGACUUUUUUGGGACGACAUCGGCUUGUUCCUGCUCAUGCUGCAGCUGGACUUCAAAGGUGGGCACUUAUCCUGGCUUCGUACAACUACAACAUUGAGUACCGGAGCACUGUUGCACAUGCUGAUGCAGACAGCAUGUCCCGUCUUCCUUUACCUGAGACAUGGUCACCCAAGUGUGAGAAUGGUGAAUGCUACUUUUUAGAUUCUGAGGUUCCCAAGCCACCAUCACUUCAUUAAGUGACAUUUUCAGUAGGUACGGUCUUCCAGAAAUUCUUGUUUCUGACAAUCGGCCACAGUUCAGUUCACAGAAUUUGAACGGUUUUGUUCUAACAAUGGGAUUAUGCAUCGUACAUUCAGCACCUUAAAAACCAAACAACCAACGGUCAAGCUGAACGAGUUGGGAAGAUUUUGAAGACUGCACUCAAACAAGCCCAAGCUACCCAAAUUGGUGUUUCUGCUGUAAUCCCCAAAUACUUGUUGGUUUAUCGAAACACUCCAUAUUCUACUACAGGUGAACUUCCCUCACUGCUUCUGAUGGAUAGGAAACUGCGUACACGUCUGGAUUUACUGACUCCUUGUGUUGAAAAACAUGUUGAAGCUCGUACAAUACCAUGAGAGAGUGAUUUGCGAAUGACCUUGAAAUGAAAACGCACGAACAAAACAGAAACAACAAACGAACAGAAAUAGAGCGAUUUGCUUGGUUUAUUGAACGGAUACAAACGCGCGUGGCUUUUGGUUGGUGAAGCGGAACUUUCUAGAAAUCAACCGAUACUUCGCUUUGACGUCAUACUGCAACACGAUUGGUCAAUCGAACAAUGCCUUCUCCAUAUAAGGGAUAUCUUUGGCGGGAAAACGAAGAGUCCAUGUUUUGAUCUUUUUAUCCAUUGGUGAUAAUGCAAAUAACGAACACUUACCGAAAUCAUUUUUCUAGGUCAUACGAAAAUCGCUCAAAGUCGCAAUGCAAAGAGAGGCCUGCGCCAGUUGAAUGCCCGUGAUUCUUAUUACGAGAGGGCAGAAAAAUGGAUGCAAGGUGUUAUUACUGAGGUUCUUUGUUCAAGACAUUACGUAUUUGAUGUGUCUGGAUGUUUUUGGUAACGGCAUGUUGAUCAACUGCUUAGCCGACCCGUAGGUAAAGUUCCAUCGACCAGUGACUAAGUGAUUGAUCAGCUGUCUGAGAUGCCGUCUCAUAUGGAUACCCCAGGGUCGGAAGACCUUCCUUCGAUGUCAGAUGAACUUCCUCUGGCUGGUAGUUGUCAACCUUCUCCUGUGGACAGCCAAACAAAGAGAGCUUCCAAGCCUCAUUCAGACCUUGCCAUAGCUAUGACAACUCUGUCUAGCUUCCAGUCGGACAUUCCAGAAACUGUCACUGGUGAUGAUACUUUCAGAGCUCAUCCAAGUUCUUCAUGUGAGAUUUCCGUACCUACUAAUACGGAAAAACGCUCUCUCCUACAAAGACCAGUCGGGGUCCACUUAUCUAUUUGCGAGACUAUGAACUUAAGUGAGAACACUACUGGUAGUUGACUGUUAACGCCUAUCUAUUAGCGAGAUUAUGAACUAAAAUGACAACACUAGUUGGCUGUUAAUGUUGUUUGAAAAGAACAUUUGUUGAGUUGAGAUUAAGUGACUGCUUCCCUUUGAAGGGGGCAGAUGUUAUAUCCGGGAUCGUAGUAGAACCCGAGAGGUUUUUCUGUUCUGUUUUGCACGGUUAAAAGAUUGAUCAUUACACAACACACAUUCCUAGAAUUUUUCAAGUGUAGCCCGUGAUAUUGUGCAAGAUGGAACCGUAGUGCGUUCCAUGUUCGUUCGGGAGUUUAGCAACACCUCACUUUUGACAGGAUAGGACCACAGCUUUUCAGCCAAACGUGUUUUUUUCAUCUCUCGCCAGUGACCGUUCUUUAAGUAAUAAACCAUUGUAACGCGACCAUUAACGUUCCGGCAACGGUGUUGCUAAUGCUACUGUAGCAAUCCUUGCUUAAUGCCUGGUCUUCAUCUGUUGGGAACAUCCCAGAUAAUUUUGAAUUUUGAAAUGUCGUCAAUAAUCAGACGCUGAUUCUCAGAAAAGUAGCAUUGUUUUCUUCUAACAGGGCUCCAUUCACCAGCAUUUCAAUUCCAAUGUGUAGCACAUCUGUGCAUUUUUUAAAAAACUUGCAAUUUGACCAUUGCAAUAUUCACAUUGACAUUCCGAUCUAGUUCUCUGAGCAUACCUCUGGAGGCGCGUAGAGGUUUUUCUCCUUUCUUCAUCCCUUUGAAGUACAUCAUAUCUAUGAGGAAUGACCUAAGUAACUAUUUUCCUAAUACCAAGGGCUUUUAAGAAUUAUGCUCUUCUAUUUCAGACGCUGACAAUCACAGAUGACAUCGUGAAAAAGUACCGGAACUACGUCAUUAUGUACGUGCUUUAUGAUGCCAUUAAAGAGAUUGGGCCAUGCAUGUAG